AUGGGGAUUUGUUUUGGUAUAUUAGUUGAUGAUUCUAAGGAUGUCUCUCGUAAGGAACAAAUGGCUCUUGUUCUACGAUAUGUCAAUAAAGAGGGUGAACUUAUUGAGCGAUUCAUUGGUCUUGUUCAUGUUAAAGCUGUUGCAAAGAAACACCAUGAUGUAAAUAAAUUUUUUGACAUUCUUGCUAAUGUUUUGAAUGUUGUUGGAGGUUCUUAUAAGCGUAGGGAGAUGCUUAGAGAUGAUCAAGAUGAAAAAUUAGAUAAGUUAUUAGUGCUUGGUGAAAUUGUUCAUAUACUUGGAGUUCUUGCAAAUGAGGGUUCAAAUUAUCAGGAGAAAGCAUUAGCCAAAAGUCUAAGGUUUUUUGGUGCUGCUAUUGAUUUGCAACUUUCGGAGCUUAACAGGCGUUUUAGUGAAGUGAAUACUUCUCUGGUUCUUGAUCUUAGUUAUGAGCUUGACAACUAUAUUGACUAUGUGCGAGAAAUGGACAAUGCAUUCUCUAACUUGAAACGGCUUGGUGAUCUGUCAAAGACAUUGGUUAAAACAGAUAUUCACAAGUCAUGGGGACUUGUUUAUUUGCUUGUGAAGCUGCGUUUGAUAUUACAUGUGGCUACUGCAACGGUUGAAAGGGCUUUUUCUUCAAUGAAGUUUAUUAAAAAUGAUUUGUGA